AUGGUCAUCCUAAAAUGCAUUCCAUUGCCUACUCUUUGUCGGCCUACUUAUCUGGGUGGUUUAGGCUUAAGAGAUUUGUCUUCUAACAAUCUAGCUUUUCUUGCUAAAAUGGCUUGGAGAAUCUACUCUAAUAUGGAUUCAACUUUGGGAAAACUUGUUUCUGCAAAGUAUUGUAUCAGAAAUAAGUUUGUGUUCCAAAAUGUUUCCUUUGAUGUUGAUAAUGUUUUACAUUUAGCUUACUCUCAAGCUUUGGAAUAUUGGAUUGUGUCAGAACUUCCUAAAGUCUCUGAUGCUAUUGGAAAGACUGUUGUUAAUUUAAAUUGGAAGUUUCCUCCUUCCCCUUGGCAUAAGCUCAACUGUGACGGUGCUUCAUCUUUUGAGUCUUUUUUGGCAGGUGCAGGUAGUGUCAUUUGUAAUUCCUCUGGUGUUUUUGUAGCAGCUUUGGCUCAUCAUCUCCCCUCAAACUCUUCCACUGUUGCUGAACUUUGGGUUGUUCGUGAUGGGCUUCUUCUUGCUCUCAAGCUGCAAAUCUCUUACUUGAUUGUGGAUAGUGACUCUUCUUCAACAAUCUCUUUUGAAACUAUUAGACUCCCCGUCAUUGGUAUUUGA